UGGCUUACGAUUCAGUUCGAGUUUUCGACCACGUGAGCUACUAAAAAACAAAUAAAAAGUAUCAUCUGAUUAUUAAAAACCUGUAUAAAAUAUAAAAGCUGGGUAAUUUUGUAUAUGUGUUUAAUGUUAGAUAAAUAUAAUGGCUUAUGGUCGUGAAGCUGUUCUGAAGCUUUACCGUAAUUUGAUUCGUGAAAGUCAAAAAUGGAGUUCCUACAACUACCGUGAAUAUGCUCUCAGAAAAGUACGAGACGAGUUUCGAGAAAAUAAAACCCUGCAAGAUAAUAAUUUGAUACAAGAUUGUUACAAUAAAGGCCUUGAAAAUCUGGAAAUUAUUAAAAGACAAGUGAUUCUGAGUAAUUUGUACGGCACGAGGCCUCUGGUUAUUGAAAACAAACACCUAGGCCAAGACAAAGUGCACCCUGGUGCUAAAUAAUU